GUACGUUGUGAUAGAUGAUUUGGCCUCGUCGAGGGCAGCAUGCCAAUCAAAUCACGCCUCUAACCUUCUGCUCUUUUAAAAGGUGUUCUUCAAUUACUCUCAAUUCUUCACCAAACCCUACAGAAAGGGGAAAAAAAGCUCUCUUUUGUUGCUGGAAGCUGUAGUGAAGAAAAUGGGAAUUCAAUCAGAAAGGAGGGAUGUUUGGUUACAGAGAAGAAGAGAUUCCUUCCUAAUUCCUUCUCCUGCUGAAGACGAGAAGAAAUUGAGGGCCGAGCGAUUCUCUAAAGAGGGAAUUCGUACCGGUGUGAAGGCUGCUGCGAUUACGGCCGUUGUCAGCGCUGUGCCCACAUUGAUUGCCGUUCGUAAGAUUCCUUGGGCGAAGGCAAACCUCAAUCAUACUGCUCAAGCUCUUAUCAUCAGCGGAGCAUCAAUUGCCGCUUACUUCGUUACUGUUGAUAAAACCGUGUUGGGAAGUGCUAGGAAAAUCUCUCGAGCCCAGUUUGACAAAACUGCUUGAAUGCCAGACCCGAAGGUAGUGCAAAGGUUCUGGGGGCAACUAUGAUAUAUGUUACAGUUUAGUUUAAUGCUGUUGUAUGGCACAUAAACAUAAUAAAAGUUUUUCUGAGUUUUAUCUUCAA